GUCUGGAGACUCCUAGUUGGGGGCCGUUUGAGAGUUGGGGGAUUGCAAAUUCGAGAGUGGCCACAUGGUUUUGGGUACAGCCGUGUGAUGGGUGGAAAGGAGGCUUUCAUUUUAAAAGGCAAGAAAGAAACGUGCCUGGGCUUAGGGCAGGUGACUGGACCAUGCCAUUGUCUCGCUGCUCAGUUAAUUGCCCUGUCAUCUCCCAGGAGAAUAGCGGCCCCUUCAAUUUUCAGUCUCUCGUUGGGAUGGGAUGUGGUGUGGUCAUCAGAGAGACUUCCGCACUGUUUUCUUAAAGAGAUCACACUUUUGAGAGCACCCCCACUCAGUGGCUACCACGCAGCAAGGGCAAGUCAGCAUUUGAGUGUGCUGGUGUGGUUUGCAGACCCCCCACCCACCCACUGAACAGGCCCCCCGAGACCCCAGGCUCUAACCUCAUUAGAUUUAAAGGGGGCCGUCUGAGCGUGGACCCUCUUUUUUCGCCCUUCCUACGGCUCGGCCUCAGUGGCUCCCCCUUAGCUCACAUGGGCUCCGGCCACAACACCCCAAGGAGGGAGGUGGGCCAAGAUCCUACCUGGAUCGACCAGGCAAUCAUUUGGAUCCCGAUCUCUACGUGGCGCAGCCGCCUCUCAGCUGCGGGGUCGGCCGGGGGUGUGAUUGGGCACGGAACGGGGAAGCUCGGAGUCAAAAGGCGGGCCAGGGUCCAGGGGGGAUGUUGGGGGUAUGGGGGUGACCUCUCGGUGCAGUAAGGGUUGGGGGAAACUCGGAGAGGGAACUGCUCCCCCAGUAGACGCAAAGGUCCCGUCUCUAAAAACUCACUCCGCCUGUGCUCUCUAGAAGUCCCCUUUUGGAAACCCCAUCCUUCCGGGUGGCCCGAGACGGGCGCUUUCCGCCCCCUCUGCCUCCGACGCCGAACUCCCGCCGCUGUCUGGGCUCCAGGGGCUGGAGGGAUGAAGGCAGCAGGCCGUGGUGGGGAUGGGAAUGCUGAGAUUCGGCCCACCAGGGACUCCUUCCUCCAUUCCUUGGCAUGUUGUUUCAAUGCAUUAUAAAUUAAUCUGCUGGCCUCCACCUUCCAAAUCUCCAGAAUUUGCCCCCUCCAUGCCCCAACGGACUCCCUCCGCCUCCAGCUAUUGGACGAGCAUUUGCCAGAUUGAAUUUUGUGUCUCCCCCCUGCCUUAAUUUCUUGGCCAAGUUCAUUAUCGUGGCAAGGAGGGUUCCUUUCCAAUAGGCAAUAUCAAGGUUUUGGGUGGGGGUUAUGAGGAGAGAGUGGACUGGGGUUGUGGUGGUUGGGUGGGGGUUUCUGUUUGGGGAGCUAAUUAUACAAAAUGGGAUGUAGCCCUCUGGAAGGAGGUAUUUUUUUUUUUUUUUUAGACUUCUUGAUCUGCGACUCCUGGUCAGACAACUUGCACUUUUUUGGAAAAGAACAGCUUUUGAACACUAACAUUUCCUUAAACCCUUUUGAAAUAUUUAUGUAGCUUAUUCUAGUAUGGCCCACAAGCUUGGAUUGAGGGUGAGUGGAUGAUGUGGCUGAGCGGAUCUCUCUGAUUGUGGGAGCAGCUCAUCACUCAACAGACCCCAAGAUGAGAAAACUGAGGACCGUAGAAGUUAAGGGACUCGCCCGCGGUCGCCCAGCAGGGUCACAGACUAAGAAGGAAGAAAUGGUCUUCAAUCCCCUUUUCCAAACAAACUGAGGCCCAGAGAAGUUUGCGACUUGCCCAAGGUCACACAGUAGUUUUCUGGCAGGAGGCCAGGCCUGCUCUUCCUCCUCCUCCUCCUUCAGCUGGGGCUGGUGCUGAACUCUGAUCUGAGAGAAGAGGACAGGCUGCGCAGCGGCUGGGUCGGAUGCUUUAUCUGGUCCAGAGAAGAGGAAGCUACAUUAGCGGGGGGCGAGACCCGAAGCCGAGCCCGUCUGAGCCGGGGACUGCACAGGAACCGUUGUUCCCCCUUCCCCGAGACCCCUCUGGAGCCAACAUGCUGGACCAGGUGGCCCUGUUGGCCACAGUGACCAUUGUGGGAGUCGUCCUGCAAGCCUACUUCUCACUGCAGGUGAUCGCCGCCCGAAGGAAGUUCAAAGUGUCUCCCCCCAGCACUACUGGUCCCCUGGAGUUUGAGAGGGUCUUCAGAGCCCAGGCGAACUGCACUGAGUACUUCCCCAUCUUCAUGGCUGUGCUUUGGGUCUCCGGGAUCUUCUUCCAUCAAGGUACGGCAGCUGCCUGCGGCCUGGUCUACCUGUAUUCCCGCUACCUCUACUUCAAAGGCUACGCGCUGUCAGCUCAGGGCAGGCUGGGGCCCCUGUACAUGGGUGCCCGCGUGCUCUGGCUCCUGAUCGCGCUGUCGGCCGUCGGCCUGCUCGUCCACUUCCUCCCCGCCGCGUUCACAGCCCAAGUCCUGGGGAGACUGAGACAGCUCGUCCACCGUGCCUGACCUGCUCCUGGCGCCCCGCCCCAGGGAUCCCUCCCCCUUCUCUGAGCUGCUUUCUCGCAUGGGCCGCCUCCCAUCAAUGCUCCUCUCUCCCCGCAAAGGCCCCAACCCCAUCCUCCUGGGUUUUGGCCUGGGAUGCGGUAGGGGUGGGGUGUGCCAUGGUUCCUCUGCUCUGGGACCCCCAGGGCCCUAAUUCCUGUUCUGGACCCUCCUGGAAACCGGCUCCUUCCCCGCUUUAGCACUUUCGGGUAUCCCAUCCCCUUUGCCCUGUCCAUCAGCCAAAGGCACUUACUGAGCACUUAAAGUGCACUAUUACCAAGCAUUUAGGAGACUGCAGUCCGAAAGGGUACUGUAGACUGUUAAGCUCAUUGUGGGCAGGGAACUGGUCUGUUUAUUGUUACAUUAUU